AAAAUGAAGUCGCUGCUGUUUUUUCUGUUGGUCAUCCUCUGCCUGGUCGGAAUGGCACCAGCCCGGAGAAAGAAAAGGGAUGUCGAGGUUUGGAUCCGACCAAGUCAAAAUACCUAUAACGACCCAUGCGCCCCUGCAGGAUGCGAAUAAGGGCGAAUAAACUUAAUGAAGUCGAUCAUUAAUAAAAACUGUGUGACUUUA